GCAGAUGCCCAUGAGGAGGACCCUCUGGAUGCAGCCAGAUGACAUUGAACCUUCAGAAAUUGUAGUGGAUGAGAUUUCCCAGCCUAUGAAAAGUUAUGAUGACAAACAUGAUAGCGAUUCUACUGAUUAUUUGGAUGGUAGCAUUCAAGACCAGGGAGCUCCUAGCUCAAUUCCAUCAGAUUCUCCAAGUUCAAAGCAGGCAAAUGGAAAGCUCCGAAAACACUCGGCCUUCUGCAAUUCCAGUGAGCCUCCUUUGCAAGUCAAGAUUUCCUACUCAUCUAGUAUUGUUGAAAAUGAGUACAUUGUUGGCUUCUCUGGAUACUACCAAGCCGAAGCUAGGCACAGAUUCAUAGAGGCAGCUUUGGCAGACUCUGGUGUCCAGCGGUGGACAGUGUUACCCAGGGACAACCCCGCUGCAGAUUACCCUAGUGAUUUUGAUGUAAUCCAGCUGGAAGAACAUCAUCAUGCAAUGCCUGGUUUGAACUCUCUAAAGGACCAUCCUGCAGUGAAGAGAGUUACACCUCAACGAAUGGUUGUGAGACAUCUCACUUAUUUUGAUGAGGCUGGUAAUGCGGUGCAAGAUUUUGAUCCUCUCCAAAGUAAUGAAGCAAGCAACCAUUUCAACGAUAUGGACGUCCAAAUUGAGCCUCGUAAGGACAUGCCUCACGACUCAAAUGGCUCUUAUUUUGGCAAUAGCAGUACGCCUUUAGAAUUAGAAAAAAAUUCGAAAGAUGAUGACUUAGAGAUUUUCUCUGUGGAUUCUCUGUAUAAUUUAAAAGACAAUGACGCAAGCCCAGAUUUGGAUGAAGAAUUUUUAGGCAAAGAUGAUAUGGAAUCGACCUCGUAUGUGGAAUCCAAAUCAAGUGAAUACUACAAAUCAGUUCUUGGGGUUGAGGACGAUGCUAUUGUGCAGCCUUUGCAUAAUAAGUUACACACUCUAAAUCAUAAGAAAACCGAUGGAAAUGUUGCUCAUGAACCCAUCAAGGAAGACUCAAUGGACGAUCGAACAAAAAUUAAAGAGGACUACGACGAGCCUGAAGCUAGCUUUGACCCGCUUGUAGCAAAUGAUUUUGAUAAGGAAGAAAUAUGGCCUGGUUCUCGUCCUUUUCACCGGUCAUCUCUUACACUGGGAAAUGCGUUUUGGCAGUCAACUGGUAGACACAGCAGCAGAAGAUUAUUGCGUGCUGUACCUCGACAAAUAACUUCUAUUCUGCAAGCCGAAGAACUCUGGCAGCGUGACAUCACUGGCACUGGAAUCAAAGUUGCUAUUUUUGACACUGGACUGAACAAAAACCAUCCUCAUUUUCGUAAAAUUCGCGAAAGAACAAACUGGACCAACGAGCGAACUCUUGAUGACGGUUUGGGUCACGGGACUUUUGUUGCUGGUGUUGUGGCUUCAACUCAUAAAGCGUGCCUUGGUUUAGCGCCUGACGCAGAGUUGCAUGUGUACAGGGUGUUUACAAACACGCAAGUCUCUUAUACGUCUUGGUUUCUUGAUGCUUUCAAUUACGCUAUCCUUAAGAAAGUUGAUGUUCUUAAUUUGAGCAUCGGCGGGCCAGACUUCAUGGAUCAUCCUUUUGUUGACAAGGUGUGGGAGCUGACCGCCAAUAGAGUGAUAAUGGUGUCGGCCAUCGGCAAUGACGGUCCUCUGUAUGGUACCCUUAAUAACCCUGCUGACCAGAUGGAUGUAAUAGGUGUCGGAGGGAUCAAUUUCGAGGACCAGAUAGCAAGAUUCUCAUCUCGAGGCAUGACCACGUGGGAACUACCUUAUGGGUACGGACGUGUCAAACCCGACCUCGUGACCUAUGGCUCUAAUGUCUAUGGAAGCAGUAGCGAUGGCAGAUGUCGCCAGUUGAGUGGCACUUCUGUAGCAUCCCCAGUUGUGGCGGGCGCUGUAGCUCUCUUAGCCAGUGGCGUCCUACACCGUGGUAAUCUGAUCAACCCAGCGUCCAUGAAACAGGCGCUUAUGGCUUCCGCCAGGCGGCUUCCUGGCGUCACAAUGUUCGAGCAAGGACACGGCAAGCUCGACUUGGUGCGCGCUUACCAAGUAUUAGCAAAAUAUCGACCUCAAGCAUCGCUGAGUCCCAGUUACAUCGAUCUCACUGAGUGUCAGUACAUGUGGCCGUACUGCACGCAGCCUUUGUACUACUCAGCGGCCCCGACCAUCGUGAACGUGACAGUUCUGAACGGGAUGGGUGUUAGUGGGAGGAUCGUGCGCGGCCCCGUAUGGCAUCCUUACACUCCCCAAAACGGGGAGCUACUCACCGUAGGCUUCACGCACAGUGAGGUCCUGUGGCCAUGGAGUGGCUGGCUCGCCGUCUGGAUUUGGGUGAAGGAGGGAGCUCAGGACUUCGAAGGCGUAGCAACCGGCCACAUCUCUGUGACGGUUGAGUCGCCUCCCGAAGAAGGCGAGACUGAGCCUCGUGUCUCUCAAGUGAGACUUCCUCUCAAAGCCAGGAUUAUACCUACUCCUCCUCGCCAUAAGCGCAUUCUUUGGGAUCAGUUUCAUAACCUCAGGUACCCGCCAGGAUAUUUCCCCCGCGACAACCUCCGCAUGAAGAGUGACCCCUUGGACUGGAAUGCCGACCACAUCCACACCAAUUUCAAAGACAUGUACGAGCACUUACGACACAGCGGAUACUUCGUCGAGGUUCUUGGUCAUCCCUUCACUUGUUUCGACGCCUCCAAGUACGGGACUCUGCUCAUCGUUGACGCUGAAGAGGAAUACUUCCCUGAAGAGAUCACCAAGCUCAGGAAUGACGUGGCUGAGGGCCUCUCAGUUGUUGUCUUCGCUGACUGGUACAACGUCUCCGUAAUGAGGAAGGUCAAAUUCUACGAUGAAAAUACAAAGCAGCUGUGGAUGCCGGUGACUGGAGGCAGCAACGUUCCCGCCCUCAACCAACUGCUGGACUCCUGGGGCAUCGCCUUCUCUGACGCCGUCCUCGAGGGCGACUUCUCCUUGGCCGACCGGGGCGUGCAUUACGCGACGGGAACAUCGAUCGCAAGGUUCCCCAGCGAGGGUCACGUGGUUCGCGCCCAUAGCCUCUCGGACCUGGGCAAUGAAAUGCUCGAGGGGGAGGCCAGGGUGGAAAUGGACGUGCCGAUUCUGGGCCUGCUACAGACCAAGUCCAGCGCUCUGUCUCGUACAGACUCAGUCGAGGAUCUUGUUCCUGAUUCCGCUAAGGCUUUUAUCGCUACAUCCAACCUCUUUCCAUUGCCUGACGCUGCCAUCGAAAACAAAGGGGUUUUCCUGAAGGAAAAUUUGUCGAAGAAUCAUUACCGGGAAGACGCGGUACGCACUUCUGGUGCAAUGAAUGGUGAAAAAGACGAACGCGAGUGGCAUUUGGUGGAUAAGGAGGACGUUAUUCAAAAAUUUGAUGCGUCUGGAACGAAGAAAUCGCGUCUUGCAGAGACUGACCAUGACGAAGGUCGCACGAAGAUACUGAAAUCUAUUACUGAUGCUGGUUCGGUGAUGAUAAACAAAGAUGACUCCGAGCGCAACCUGGCUACCGAAGUGGAUUCUCUGGAUGUCUUCCACCAUAACCACAACCUGGACGUCAAUAAUCUUGAUGAAGCCGACGAGGACGAUACUGCCAGAGAACAACACGUCUUGGAUCCUCCAUUUGAUAGGAUACAUGACAGCCAUCGCAAUUCCAACAAGAACAACAACAAUCAGAGUAGUGAUGAACCGCAUGCACAAAUAAAUUUCCUGCAUCGAAAUAACGGUAUUCAUACCCAAGAUCCAAAUGUGGAUGCCGACGAAGCAAAUGCCUUCCACAAAUCACUACUUAGCCUCCAAAAUCCGAGCGCGCAAGAUAACGAAAUCCGGACGAUGUUGAACAAAAACGACGACAAGAAGCACGCAAACAGCAAAGCUGGCAGCAGCGGCGAGAGCGGUCGCGUGGUCGUGUACGGUGACAGCAACUGUCUCGACAACAGCCACUUGCAAAAAGAUUGUUUUUGGCUGUUGUCUGCAAUCUUAGAGUUCAGCAUGACGGGACAUUUGCCCGGUACGUUCUCAGGAGGCAGUGGAAGCAAAGAAGCAAUUUUCACCGAAGAACUGCCUAAAAGAAUGGAGCAAAGUACUCUUCAUCGACACAGCAAGGUCCUGGAGCUUAGUAUUGGACUGGAACAAACACGGCCACUACCCUCAUGUCCCUCACUCACUCCCUCGACUCCUGUUCCCCUCAACACUUCCAGCAAAAGCGCGAACAUUCACGUGGGGCUGAAGCUGCUGUCGCAGCCUGAAGUACUGUCGGCCGUGCUGCCUGUUGAGCUGCAGCCGCCACUGCCUCCACACCUGCAGCAGCACGACCAUCUUGCGCAGAAGGAGCUGGACAGCAGUUGGCUGGCCACCCUACCGGGCAGCGUGUCAGGCCAGGACCGGCUGCUGUACAGUGUGGUGGUGGUGGUGAGCGUUGUGGUGCUGCUGCUGUGGUGGUGCAGAGGACAUCACAGGUCAAAGAGACGCUGCAAGAAAAUACGCACCUACUUCAGAUCCACUGUGGGCAGCUGGUUCACCACCGUCUGAACUGAGGCUGAUUAGCCGUCUGAGCUGAGGCUGAUUAGCCG